AGUCUCCUCUCACUCUUUACUUUCUUCCAUCUUAUAUUUUUUCAUAAAACUUUCUUCAUUUUUUCCAUCCAAACAUUCUUUUCUUAUUUAUUUUAUUUAUUUUGUGGUCUCCUAAAUGGAAGAGAGCAAUGAUUUAUCAAACCUUAUGUGCUUUGAAAACAUCUCAACAUGCUUUGAAAAUCUUGAAAGUGAUGUUGUUGAUGAUGGCUCUACUCUUCUUUCGUGGAACCAAAACAAAAACUUUAACUCUGACAAUCCUUGUCUGAGUUAUAACAACAUUGAAUCAAUGAACUUGUUGGGAUUUUUCAUUCUUAGUGAUGAAAUUAUUUUGUGUUUGGUUAAGAAAGAGCCUGAACAUUUGCCUCGUGAAGAUUAUCUUGAGAGGCUUCGUGGUGGAGACAUGAACUUUAAUUUGAUUGAUAUUAGGAAUGAAGCUAUUGAAUGGAUUUGGAGGGCUAGUGCAUGUUAUGGUUUUGGACCCAUUACCCUUUCUCAAGCUGUGAAUUACCUGGAUCGUUUCCUAUCUGUAUACAAUUUUGAAAGAGGCCGUGAUUGGAGUCUCCAAUUGCUGGCUUUAGCAUGUGUAUCAAUUGCUGCUAAAAUUGAGGAUAGUGAAAUAUCACCAAAAUCUGAAAAUAUUGAGUUUGGAGAAUCAAUGUUUGUAUUUGAAACUAAAGGCAUUCACACAAUGGAGCUAUUGGUAUUAAACCAUUUGAAUUGGAAAAUGCAAUCUUCAACUCCAUGUACCUUUGUUGAUCACUUCCUUAGAAAGAUUACUUGUGAGCAGCAGACUCCUUCAGGGUCAUCAAUUUUGAGUUCAUUAGAUCUCAUUCUUGAUAUAACUAAACAUAUUGAUUUCUUGGAAUUUAGGCCUUCUGAAGUUGGUGCAGCAAUUGCAAUAUUUGUUUCAAAGGAAUUGGAAACAAGUGAGAUCGAUGACGUCUUGACUCGUUUUGCUGUCGUUGAGAAGGAUAAAGUUUUGAAGUGUAUUGAAGUGAUGCAAAGUUUGACAUGGAUGGAAUUUUCUGCUGAUUUAAGCAGGAGCCGGAUGGAAACAUUUGCUGCUGAAAGCCCUAAUGGAGUGCUGGAUUGUGCAAUGUGCUUGAGCUCUAAAAGUGAUGAAACAACAAGAGAUGAAUUAGAAGCAAUUUCUUCUCCUGAAAGUUCAAUUACUAGCAAGAGGCAUAAGUCCUUCCAUGAUGGUGGAACUUCUUCUAAUCAUGAACUUUGAGCUUUUUUUCCUUUUUACCAAAACUCUUUUGGCUUGGUUGAAUGAGAGUUUACUAUAUGGUAAUAAAGUUGGCUUUAAUGAAUCUCAUGGUAAUAUCAUGAAGAUAAGGUGUUGCUAGUUGUUACAAGGAGAAUUUUUUUUAAAAAAGAACUGCUAAGGUUGAGGAGAUGAGGAUGAAAUAAAACUUUUUGGUGGA